CACAAACCCCGUAACCCCAACCCACCAUGCCGAAACUCGAAACCCUCUGGGCCACCAUCGUGACGACCUACAGCCCUACAACAAUAGAAUUCACAGGAACUCUCCUAAUCCAAAUCCUCGCCUUCUGGCUCCCCUCCCUCAUCUACCUGGCCCUACCCACUGUAUUCCCAACCUGGUCAAGCCACCACAAAAUCCAACCGGCCCCAAAACAACCCACCAAAAAAGAAAUCCACCACUGCCUAAAGAUCGUCCUCCGCAACCAACUCCUAACCACAACCCUCCACCUAAUCCAACUAAAGCUCCUAAACAACAACAACACCUCCUCCUACACCCUCACCCCAACCUUCCCAAGUCUCCCAAUCCUAGCCCGCGACUUCAUCCUCAGCCUCCUCGCCCGCGAAGCCCUCUUCUACUACGCCCACCGCUUCCUCCACCGGCCCUUCUUCUACGUUCGCAUCCACAAACAGCACCACAAGUUCACGGCCCCCAUCGCCCUCGCCGCGCAGUUCGCUCAUCCCAUCGAACAGAUCUUCGCUAAUGCGCUGCCUAUCUCCCUGCCGCCGCAGUUGCUGGGCAGUCAUGUAUUGACUUUUUGGGUGUUCUUGGGGUAUGAGUUGUUUGUGACGGCGACUGUGCAUAGUGGGUUUGAUUUCUUUGGGGGCAAGGCGAAGAUGCAUGAUUUGCAUCAUGAGAAGUUUAAUUUGAAUUAUGGGAGUAUUGGGUUGUUGGAUUGGGUGCAUGGGACUGAUCGGUUGGAGAAGAGGAGAGAUUAAUUUUUUUUGUUUGAUUGAUUGCGCUGGGGAUGUUGGGGAGGUGGUCCUUGUUGGGGGUGUUUUGUUGGUGAGCUGCUUUAGCAUACGGGUUGAUGGUAUCAUUUUGAUUGUAUAUAUAUGUAUACUGCUUGAAUGUGUGGAGCUAGGGGGUAUGUGUAUUGUGCAUGAUAGAAGUGGAGGAAUUGUUGUAUGAAGGUAGUGUUGAGGGUAUUAA